GUUGGGCUGAGUUGUACUAUCACUGGGGUGUGUAGACCUCAAAGUUUGUAAGGCGACAACUUGUGGAUUUGUUCUGCUCGUGUUUAUCACCUUAUAUUGGGAGAGCUAGUAAAAAAGAUGUGUGGAAAGUGUAACUUAAUUGGGACUGCAAUACAUUAAUUUCCAAUUAAUUUGUUUCCUAAAUCAAUAUUUAUUUGGUAAAUAAGAUGUCAGAAAAUACUGAUACAUGCCUAUCACAAUAUGCCAGCACCUAAGAUGACGUGUUUAUAUCAAUUGUUUUGUCCGACUAAAUGUACAAAAGAAAAGAUAUUAAAUUUACAAUCAUAAAAGAAGCAUCAAAUCCUCCCAUCUGACAGGCUGAACCCAGAGGAUCUUUGGCAUUUUUGCUUGAUAGAUUUUCUACUGGUUGACUAAUUGAUUAAUUGACGAAUGUUUCACCUCCAAAACUUAAGUUGAUGCUUAACAUACGUCAAAUAAAACUCUAAAAAAAAACACUUUACAAACGUUGCAAAAAGUUGUGUUCGUUGUUCUAAAAGUACUGAACUUUCCGAAGGCACUUGAAGGCAGCGUACGCUUAAGCUAACUAGCAGGCUAGCUUCCUAUAUUGCUAGGGACGGUAAUCCGUAGUGGCAACACAUAACUUGUUUAACCGUUACACGCACGAAGAAAUGAUGACACACAACUUAACACUGACUAAGCGAACAUAGCCCACAACAAAUGGAGGUCAGCGAGCACGUUUUAUCGGCGGGCCGAGCCGUGCUGGACAUGGUGGAGCGGGAGUGGCAGCCGCUUUCCCCGAGCGAGUUGGACCAGCGGCUGGACCAGGCGGUGGAGGAGAUCCUGGAGGCUGACCUGAUAGCAAGACUCAAAACUCAGCCUCAUCCGACUGUUUACGUUCAGUUACUGCAGAGUCAAACUAAUGUGCAGCCUCAAGUUUUACAGACGACAACAUCCAGCAGUGCCCCGGAGGAAGAGACACCAGAGCCCCGGGAACCGUUGGAGACCGUGGACAGCGCUGCAGUGAAGCACAUCACAGACCUGCUUCAAAGCUCCAAAUCCAGGGCUCGAAUGGCCGGACGGGCUCGCUUGUCCCUGUCCCACACUGUCCUGCUGUCCCUCACCCUGCUCUCUGAGCGCAUCAGCUACCGCUCUGUGUCCCGCCGCUUUCACCUGGAAAAAGGAAACAUCCACAGGAUCUUCUUUUCUUUCUGUGAGCGCAUAAACUCGCUGGAAGAGAGGCAAAUCAGAUGGCCAGUUGACAGCGAGGCUUUAGAGGCCCUUUUCCCACUUUGCAGUCCAGAGAAGGAGCAGGAGGAGCUUCCAGGUGUGCCUCAGGUCCUGGGAGUGUUGGGACACACUCGCAUCCCUAUCCGCCUGCCUAUAGGAAAACAUGAUGUGGAGAGCACAGUGCCUGAGGUGAAGAGGAUGAAGAAGGAGGCCCAUCCUGACUCUUGGCUAAACCUGCAGCUUAUAUGUGAUCGUAAAGGCAGGUUCCUACACUGCAGAAUCAGUAAAGGAUCAGACGUGGACAGAGGCAUCACUCUGAGAGACAAACUCAAACAGCAUCCUGAACUGAUGCCCUCUGGCUCCUGCCUCGUGGCCAGAGCGGGCUACCCGCUCACAGCUCAGAUUUUAACCCCAUACUCAGGAAGUCAAGGACUAAAAGAGGAACUCUUUAACAAGACGCUUGAGGGACAUUUUCACAUCCUGGAUCAGGCUGUUGCCAACCUGAGAGCCAGAUUUCAAAGGCUCAAGUAUUUGGAUAUUGGAAACUAUGACAGAGCCAGAGCUGUUGUGCUGACCGCCUGUGUGUUGCACAACGUGUUUUUGGACAUGGGACAAGUGAUUCAAGGGGAUGUUGAGAAAGAGGAAGCCAUAACUGGAGAGGUAGAGGGGGAGGUAGAUGAUGAGGGCAUUCAGAGACGAGACGCCAUCUCAGAUUUGUUGUUUAAAACUGUUGAUUCUAUAAGCAGAUGAUGCGAUAGUGUCUGUCAGGGAGCUUGUGUCCUUGGAGGUAAAUGUACAGUUUUGUUAUAUAAAGGUUUAUUUUAUUAGAAUCUCUACUGUCUGAGUCUGCUGGCACUCAAAACUCUUUCACUGCUACUAUCAGAUAACAGGGAUAUGUUUGCUGUUAAAAUAUUUACAUUGUGUGAAUUAGCAGUUUUCCCACAAUAAAUAUUUGUAAUCCGGAGUUAGGGCCUGAGCACUGAACAGUGCGAGGACCCUCUCGAAAGUGGAGGAAUUAUUUUUCUCUCAAACGAAUUACAUUACUGAGGGGAUAAAGGUGCUCAAAAACUCACAAGACUUUGCACACAAACCAGAAAUGGUACAUUUUAUGGGUCUGUAAAAAAAUGGUUCUGUAGCACCCCCACAAAACUUGAAACAAAAUAGCCUCCACAGUCUGUUUCACUUACUUUGGGCGGCAGUAGCUCAGUCCAUUGCAACUUGGCUUGGAAACCGGAGGGUUGCCUGUUCAAGUCCCCGUCCGGACCAAAUAUGGAGCGUGGACUGGUGGAUAGGUGGAUAGUGCCAGUUCACCUCCUGGGCACUGCCGAGGUGCCCUUGAACAAGGCACUGAAUCCCCCAACCGCUUGGGGCGCUUGUCUAUGGCAGCCCCCUCACUCCGACAUCUCUCCACUUUGUGCAUGUAUUGGUCCUGUUUAUGCAUGUGUGUGUAUUUUGGACCUGAGUGUUAAUGAAAAUGGAGUCCCCUCAGGGGGAUUAAUAAAUUAUAUAAAAUUUAAAAAAAAUAAAAACUAAGAAAUUGGGUGUGCUCAUGUAUCAUGUCCAGACCUACCAAGUAGUCUUUUGGAGCUGUACCCUAAAUCCAACAGGAAGUCAGCCAUUUUGAAUUUACUGUGUAAUUUCUGUGCAUUUUUGGCCAUUUACAAUUAGUGGGCAGUGAAAAUGAAUUUUUCUUUAUCUUGACAAGAGUGCUCCCAACCACUCAUAAAAUUUUCUCUUAUUUCAGAGAAGAGCAAAUGUAAGAAAACACUGGUUAAUCCAAGAAAUCAAUGGUGACUAACAACAAAAAAAAGAACAAAUGGUGUAUACAAAUGAAAAUUAAAGAAAAUUUGUUUGAAUCUUGCUUCUUGCAUGAGGCACAAUAUCUGGUACAACUUUCACAAUAAAACAGUCAAAGGAAA